AUGACGCUUGCUGGCAAAUCAAGGUUUAAUUCGGUUUCUCUAUCAGUAUUCAAUGGCGGCCAUGGUCAGGUGAUACCGAUUCAGGAAACAUCCAACAACCGUCCUUGGUGGAGUGAUUUGAGAAAAUGGUUAUAUAUUGUUUAUGUUGUUAUGUUCAUUUUCGGAGCUGGAACCAUCAUUUUCACAGCUGUCUUUUUGGCCAGAUUCUUUCGUCGCCGUCAAGUGGUCGAGGAUUACAACGCCAUCAGUUCCUUUGGUCGACGGAGUGCAAAAAUCGAAGAAACAACAUCGCGAACAUGGAUUUGA